AUGAUUUUAAAACAAUUGCGAAUAUAUAAAAAUUUGUUUCUUUGUCGUUAUUCAUCAUCAUCAACAAUAUUUGCUUUAGCAACUGGUUAUCAAAUACGUAGUGGUGUAGCUAUUAUUCGUAUAUCUGGUUCAUUAGCAACACAAUCAUUACUAAAAUUAACAAGAGAAACAAAACUUGAAAAUUUUACACCAAAAAGAUUAUAUUUAAAAAAAAUUUAUCAUGAUAAAACAAAUGAUUUAAUUGAUCAAUGUAUGACUGUAUGGUUCAAAGGACCAAAAAGUUUUACAGGAGAAGAUAUUGUUGAAUUUCAUAUUCAUGGAUCAAAAGCAGUAGCAAGUGCAAUAUUUUCAGUUCUUAGUUCAUUUUCAAAUUAUCGUUUCGCUGAACCUGGUGAAUUUAGUAAAAGAGCUUAUUUAAAUGGUCGUUUGGAUUUAACUGAAGCUGAAGGUUUAAUUGAUUUAAUAAAUGCACAAACUGAACAACAACGUAAACAAUCGUUAUAUCAAAUGCAAGGUUCAUUAAAAGAACUUUAUGAACGUUGGAGAAUGGAUUUAGUUAAAUCUUUAGCACAUGCCGAAGCUUAUAUUGAUUUUCAUGAAGAUCAACAUAUUGAAAAUGAUAUUUUAACGGAUGUUAUUAAUAAAGUAAAAAUAACUUAUGAUACUAUUUCAUUACAUUUACAAGAUCAUCGUCGUGGAGAAAUUUUACGUGAUGGUUGUCGAAUAGCUAUUUUAGGUGCACCUAAUGCUGGAAAAAGUUCAUUACUGAAUAUUUUGACACGGAAACCAACAGCUAUUGUUUCACCUAUUGCUGGUACAACACGAGAUGUUAUUGAAUCAACGAUUGAUUUAGGCGGAUAUCCAAUAGUUCUUUGUGAUACAGCAGGCUUACGAAUAACAAAUGAUCCAAUUGAAAAUGAAGGAGUUUUAAGAGCUUUUGAUCGAGCAAAUGCAUGUGAUCUAUUGAUAAUUGUUAUCGAUAUUAGUAUAUUAUCUAUUAAUGAAAAUUUAACUGAACAAAUCGAUAAACAUUUAUCUAAUUUAUUUACUAUAAAAUCAUCGUCAUUUAAUUCUAUAACUAAAUUAAUUCUACUAAAUAAAAUUGAUUUAGUUAAUGAAAAUAUUCGAUUAAAAUCUAAUCAAUUAAAUGAUAAUGUUAUACCUAUUUCAUGUACAUCCGGUGUUAAUAUUCAAGAAUUUCUUUCGAAAUUAACUAACUAUAUUGCUGAAAAAUGUACUGAGCCAUCAUUUACAACACCAUAUUUAACUAAUGAACGUCAUCGAAUGUAUUUGACACGAACAAUUGAAGACUUAUUAAUGUUUUUAACAUUAAUUAAUAAUAAUAAUGAUCUUGUUCUAGCUAUUGAAUAUCUUCGUCUUGCUAUUCGAUCACUUGGAACAAUAACUGGUGUUGUUUAUACAGAGGAAUUACUUGAUGUUAUAUUUCGUGAUUUUUGUAUUGGAAAAUAA